UGUCUGCACUGUCCCAAAGGCAAACAAAAUGGGCUAGCCUUGAUUAAAGUCCGAUGGGGAUCACACAGGCAGCACAGAGGGGACUGCCUGGCUGGGAAGAGCUUGGCAGCAACCUAACUGAGAAACCUAGACUCAGAUUUAGUGCACUAGCCUCAGGCAGGAGGUUGUGAUAUCAUGGAUCUUCUCCACAGUUGGGGGGUAGAGCUGGUGGUCCAUCUGCAGACCACACACAGCAGACAUGAGGGCUUGUUCAGCCUGGCGUCCACAGUGGCCGACUUGCACACCACGUUCUUCUGCUUCUUCCCGAUCUGGUUCCACCUGCGGAGGGACACGGGGCUCAGGCUCAUCUGGGUGGCCGUCCUCGGAGACUGGCUCAACUUGGUCCUGAAAUGGGUUCUGUUUGGGGAGAGGCCGUACUGGUGGGUCCAUGAGACCCGGUUUUAUGGAGCGGGAGCGGCCCCUUCUCUGCAGCAAUUUCCGAUAACAUGUGAGACUGGACCAGGAAGCCCCUCAGGUCAUGCUAUGGGUGCAGCUGGGGUCUGGUAUGUGAUGGUGACAGCGCUACUAGUUAUUGCCAAAGAGAAGCGAUGCCCCCCUUUACUGUGCAAAUUAUUUCAGGUAGGCCUGUGGACGCUCAUGCUGCUGGUAGUGCUGGUGGUCUGCAUGUCCAGGGUCUACAUGGCUGCACACUUCCCCCACCAGGUUGUUGCUGGAGUCCUUACAGGUGUACUUGUUGCUGAAGUUGUCUCGAAGGAGAAAUGGAUCUACAGCGCCAGCAUGAAGAAAUACUUCUACACAACUCUCUUCUUGACCUCAUUCGCUGUUGGCUUCUACCUGCUGCUUAAAGCUGUGGGUGUGGACCUUCUGUGGACGUUGGAAAAAGCCCAGAAGUGGUGUGUGAGGGCAGAGUGGGUCCACAUGGACUCCACGCCCUUCGCCAGCCUCCUGCGUAACAUGGGCACGCUUUUCGGCCUGGGCCUCGGCCUGCACUCGCCCCUCUACACUGAGACUAAGAAAUAUACAAGCACCGGUUUUAAGAUUGGAUGUAUUAUUGUCUCCCUAUUUCUGCUCCAGCUGUUGGAUGGAUGGACAUUUGCCUCUGAUUAUGACAUGAUUUACUAUUUCCUGUCUUUUGUUAAAAGCGCGGUUGCACUUUUAAUCCCGACCACUCUGGUUCCCUGGGCUAUGCUCUGGAUCUGCAAAGGAAAUAGAGAUGACAAGAAGGUGUGAUUCAGGAACAACUUCUUGUUUAAAGUCAAUUAUUAGAUUCGUUUUCUAUGUGUACCUCGUGUUUAAUGCACAAGGACAUUUAGACUUUUAGGACUUUGUUCCUGAAUUUAAUGUGCUUGCGUGGAUAUCAGUUCCUUUAAGGAAUAUGUACUGUAGUUUGACAUUUCAGGAAUUGUGCCUAAUCUCUAAUUUAGAGAGUGAGAUUGAUACCACUCUUACUGUAUGUCUGUAGGCCUAGUAGCACUGAAGCUACAGCCAGCAGCCUAUUAGCUUAGCUUAACGGGUAUGCAGCUAGCUGGACUUCGCCAAUGUUAUAUUAAAGGUGGGGUAGGUAAUUCACUUAAUUCCAUGGAAUGCUCUUAACAUCCCGAUAGCAAUGAAUACAUUAAAUGCUUUGACAAUAAAUACA